GAGGCUGAGGAGCUGCAAAUCAAGGUGAUGGAGAUGCGGCAGGAGAUACUAGGGGAGCAGCAUCCAGAUACAAUCACAGCCUCCAGCAAUCUUGCACUCACCUACCAAGAUCUUGGCAAGCUCAAGGAGGCUGAGGAGCUGCAAAUCAAGGUGUUGGAGAUGCAACAGGAGAUACUAGGGGAGCGGCACCUACAUACAAUAAAAGCUUCCAACAACCUAGCCCUCACUUAUCAACGACUUGGAAGGCUGAUAGAAGCCAAGGAACUCUCCAAAACAGCCUAUGAGCUUGCAAAAGAUGUACUAGGGGACAGUCAUCCAACCACUGUCUGGAUCAAUAGAACUUUGGAUGGCAUUCAAGCUAAUAUCCAAAAAUCGAGUCAAAAGAAGUCCAGGAAAAGGAAGAUAUUGAACACUCUUGCUUCCCCAUAG